GCGAAUCCAAACUCAAACUAAAUAGAUUUAGAUACGAAUUAUAAAUAUGUCGUGUUGAAGCAUCGAUUAAGUUUUCUCGAUACCACCUGAAUCACAUACAAGAAAUACCUUCGUUCCUCCAGAAUGCCGUAGUUUCUCCUAAACUUGCCGGCUUUCUUACUGCUGGUGGCGGACAAGAAUGUUGCGGACCAAGUCGGUGUCGCCAGCAACGGGCGAACAUCUCACCUGACGGCGACGGGCGGGGUCGACAGCAGGCAACAAGACGAACAGUCCGCAUCCCCCCCGUCGGUCUCGGAAAUCGAAGACGAAGGCCGCGGAGAAGAGGAAAAUCAUGCCCCGAACCCCCGAGAAGCUUCCUCCACUUCUUUUUCCCAAACGGACAGCGUUCCGAACUCGACGCCAGCGGAUUCUUCCCACACGAGUUCGAUUUGGAAUGACGAGGUGCAAUCUGCGCGGUUCGAGGGGCAGUUCAUGAUGUAUUUGCACACCACAACUUCGAUGGAGCAACAGCUAUUGCACACUGUUACUCCUGAUGAGAUGCGGAAACUGCAGGUAUUCGUAUUGAUGGCCAUCGCCAUCAUCAUGCUUUAAGUAAAAAAAGAAGAACUUUGCAACAAAAAUAAUCAUCAACAUCAGAAGACAAUAGAAUAGUUUAUUGCACAUAAGAUGAGUUUUGACUUUGAUGACGAAAGGGAAACCAAAGCAAUAGUUGUCCUUGUUGUCGUCUACUGUGACAUCCUGCUUCAUGUUGACCGAUCAAGCGAAAAAGAAAAAUAAUAUAUCACGCUAAGGUACUGAAACAAGGGUUCCAGCUAUACUCUCCCUGCUUGCUGCUGAGGUUCCCGGCGUACCGAUAUGGUUUGAAAGUUUUGAACUUAUGCAAUGCACAACAAGAAGUAUCUGUAAUAUCGUACUAGCAAUGUAUUAAAAAAUUGCUUGACAAAUAAAUCUGCGUCUGGCAGCAUGCUGAAGAUCAUCAAAAAUCGAAUUUGUAAUGCUUAUAAUUCGGCAUCGGCUCCUUGAUCAUGAUCUCGAGAACCAGACCAUCUAUCAUGCACGAUGGGAAUGAAUUAGUACGAAAACGAUACUUGUUCUUUUGCACAGCAUAGAGCUUCGACGCCGACAACAAUUACAUGCUGAACCAAACCGAGUUCACGAUAUGCAACCAAAAAGUGAUGUUACGGCUUUGCUUUCUACACGUUGUAUUGCGGGACAAGCACGACGGACAAUCGAUCCCUGUCAUGCCGUACAUUCCUGCGAGCGUCUUUUCAUGCGUGUUGUUCCUCUUCCUUACGAUGACGAACAAUCGCAGCAGUAGUAGCGGUACCUUUUGCUUUUUCAUAAUGCCUGGAACAACGCUAAAAAAUUUAGAGAAUUUUAUGUGUCGCUGAGUGAAGUUCUAAGAACAAAAACAAAGGUUUAAUAGACUGUCUCAAGCACUUUUUUCCUUGGAUACGCGAACUUUUUUGACCGGUACGGCGGGACGAAGCCAUCGACUUCGAACGACACCACACUGCUGGUGGACGUCGGGCCGGCGAACACCACCAAUCAGAGCAACAGUUUGAUGAGCGCGGGCGCGGCUUGUUUUUCGCAGUUCGGGGCCGACCAAAUCCCAGCGGUGGACAUCAUCGCGGCCGGUUGUUCGCAUCAGUGCCGGGCCGGCGAUGAAGAACAGAAGGUCCGCCACAACUCGGCUGGCCGAGCAGAGGGACGACCCUCGUCGACGAUGCAGACCAGCAUGACUCAUCAGUCGUGGUCGUGGUCGAACCCGUUUUCGUCUUGCAUGCGAACGACCGCGUGUACGGCACAGGAGCAGGAGGUGAUGGACAUCGAAAUGGUCGGCGACCCACCGGAGAACUACCCCACACCAGCGGAGGCGGCAAAGGCGGCAGCGGCUCGCCAAAGACAGCUGGCAGAAGAAUUAGAAGAAGAAGAGUUUCAACAACGACAGGUCAAUAGAUACCAUCAGCUCAUGGGCCCAAAGAAUCUGGCGGCCGCAGGGUCCCUAAAAGACUCCAACCUAGCGCAAGUGCAGAAAAUCAUGCAUGACCGAAACACGCUGCAGGACCGAAACCCCGGAUUGUAGACGAUAUUUGCAAGAACUACAAAGAACAAGACUAUGUAUGAAUGAGUAUGCCGUCUUUUACCAGCAGACAACCAACAAACAUCAGGACCCCUCCUUUCACCGAACACUGACGACCACACCAAACUACAAAAGCAAGCCAGCCGC